AUGAGUUGCUUAAGUUGGAAUUGCCGCGGGCUUGGGAACCUGCGGGCCUCACAAUUCUUACGAGACCUUGUGUCUCAAAAGAAGCCCAAUUUACUUUUUCUUUGUGAAACUUUAUGUAAUAAGUCUAGUUUGGAAAGUUUAAGAGCCCAACUGGGGUUUGAAGGUUGUUUUGUGGUGGAAGCCCGUGGUCACAGUGGUGGGCUUGCUCUUCUUUGGAAAGAAGCUAGUGAAGUUGUCAUUCAAGGUUUCUCUUUUAAUCAUAUAGAUGCCACGGUUCAUAUGGUGGGGCUGCCUCCUUGGCGUUUCACUGGCAUUUACGGGGAGCCAAAAAGAGAACUUCGGUCUCAAACUUGGGACCUUUUUCGGUCACUCAAAAAUGAUAGCCUUCUCCCAUGGUGUCUUUUGGGCGAUAUGAAUAACUUGGGGUCGCACUUAGAGAAGAAAGGAGGAAGGAAGUAUCCCGAUCGACUCAUUGAGGGAUUUCUUAAGGCCUUAGACGAUUGUAAUUUGAUCGACAUGCCUCUUCUUGGCUACCCGUUCACUUGGGAGAAAGGGAGAAAUAGUACCGAGUGGAUUGAAGAAAGACUUGACAAAGCUCUCGUCACCAAUUCUUGGCUAUCAACGUUUCCACAACCUGGUUCAGCCACCAUUCAAGAGAAAAUUCAUCAAUGUGGCGAAGUAUUGGGGAGAUGGGGACGGGACAUAACUGGGAAUUUUCGAAAGCGCAUCAACGAAUGCAAGAGUCAAAUCCGAAAUUCCAAGUGGGGUAAAGACCCUAUUUCCAUCCAACAACACAAAGAAGGGAAGGACAAGUUGGCAGAAGUCUUGGCUCAAAAAGAAAUAUUUUGGAAGCAAAGAUCGAAGCAAUUCUGGCUCAACUCGGGCGAUAACAACAGUAAGUACUUUCAUUCAAUUGCUAAUUCUAGGAAGAGAAAUAAUAGUAUUUCCCGUCUUCAAGAUAGCAAUGGAGAUUGGGUUACAUGGGAGACGAGUUUGGCAAAUGUUAUCACUAGCUAUUUCCAUGAUUUGUUCUCAUCAUCUAGUGUUAACUUGGGCUCGGUUUUGGAUGGUAUUCGGCCAACUGUUAGCCGUGAGCAAAAUGAAGACCUCUUGAGAACAAUUUCUGAGGAAGAAGUUAGAAACGCCCUCUUUCAGAUGCAUCCUGACAAGUCACCUGGGUCCGAUGGUAUGACACCAGCUUUCUUCCAAAAGCAUUGGGGAAUAGUUGGGACUUAUGUGGUCAAGUUUGUUCGGGAUUUCUUUGAUUCGGGUCAGUUUCUGGAUUCCAUAAAUGAUACUCAUAUUGUUCUUAUACCAAAGAAGAAAAAUCCCUCCCAAAUGGGCGACCUUCGGCCAAUCUCGCUUUGUAAUGUCAUUUAUAAAGUCGCCUCCAAGGUAGUGGCCAAUAGAAUGAAGAAUGUCCUCAACUUUGCUAUCUCAGAAACUCAGAGUGCGUUUGUAGCGAGAAGACUAAUUUCAGACAACAUUAUGGUGGCUUUCGAAGUCAUGCAUUAUUUGAAAAGGAAGACUACUGGAAAAAAGGGAUACAUGGCACUUAAACUUGACAUGAGCAAGGCUUAUGAUCGUGUUGAGUGGGGUUUCUUGGAAGCUAUUCUUCGGGUAAUGGGGUUCAAUAAUCGAUGGAUUGGUUUGGUUCUAAGCUGUGUCAACUCGGUUCAAUACCAUGUUAUAAAUAGUGGUCAGAGACUGGGGCCGAUUACUCCAACCAGAGGAAUCCGCCAAGGGUGUCCUUUGUCUCCGUACUUGUUCAUUGUUUGUGCGGAAGGUUUCUCAUCGCUGAUAAGGUCUUUUGAGUCGUCUCGAUGGCUCACCGGUUGUAAAGUGGCUAGAAGCGCUCCCACCAUUUCCCAUCUCCUGUUUGCAGAUGAUAGCUAUAUUUAUUGUCAGGCCACUGAUGAAGAAGCAAGUCGUGUUCUUUCCCUCCUUCGGUUCUUUGAAGAUGCCUCGGGUCAGAAAGUUAAUCUCCAUAAAUCUUCAGCCUUCUUUAGUUCCAACACGAGUUCGGUUACAAGAAGUCGGAUUUGCAACUCGAUGCGUAUCCAAGAAGCUGGGGUGGAUAGUACGUAUUUGGGUCUUCCUAGUAUUGUGGGUCGUAACAAAAAUGCUGUCUUGGGCUUCCUAAAAGAGAAGAUGAGGAAAAGGAUCAAUAGUUGGGAAGGAAAAUUCCUCUCUCGGGCUGGGAAAGAGAUUCUCAUUAAAUCAGUGGUUCAAUCUCUUCCCUCAUAUGCUAUGAAUGUCUUCUUACUCCCGGUUGGAACUUGCAAAGAACUCGAAAAGAUGAUGGCUAGUUUCUGGUGGAAGUCUAAUAACUCUUCGGGUAGUGGAAGUGGUAUUAUUUGGAUGAAUUGGGAUAGAUUGACUAAACACAAAUUCGAAGGUGGCAUGGGAUUUCGAUGCUUGCGGGAUUUUAAUCUUGCAAUGCUUGGCAAGCAGGGUUGGAGAUUACUGUUUCGCCAUGAAUCCAUAGUGGGGAAAGUCUUCAAAGCAAGAUACUAUCCUCAUGGGGACUUUCUUUCUGCAGAGCUCGGGUCAAACCCAAGCUUUGUUUGGAAUAGUAUCUUUGCUGCCCGGGAUGUUGUAAAAGCGGGGCUGAGGAAAAGGAUUGGUGCGGGAUUGUCUGUGCAAAUUACAUCAGAUCCAUGGCUACCUAUUGUUGAUCGAGCCUCUCCAAUUCCUGUUGUGCCAGGCCUUGAACACUUCACAGUAAAUAGUCUCUUCCAAAUAAACAAUAGAAGCUGGGAUGUCGAUGUGGUAAGGGAUUUAUUCUCUCCUGAAGAUGCUUCUAUUAUUCUUGGAAUUCCCUUAAGUGCGGUUGAUGCAGACACUUGGUAUUGGGUCGCUGAGAAGAAUGGUUUUUAUUCAGUUCGUAGUGCUUACCAUUUGCUCCAAACUCUAAAGCAUCCGCCGGGCUUGUCAGAACCAAAUAGUAGUUGGAAGAUUUUAUGGUCUCUUAAGGCACCUCCGAAAGCUAAGGACCUUGUUUGGAGAGCGGCCUCUAAUUGCCUCGCUACCAAAGUCAACCUUUGCAUCAAGAAGGUUUUGAUCGAAAAUACUUGCCCCAUGUGCGGAGUCUUUGCUGAAACCGAAUUGCACGUUCUGGUUACAUGUACUUUCGCUUGGGCGUGUUGGGAAUUUGCUGGUCUGGCGGCUGCAAACCGAGAAGCCUCUUCUCUCGGUCAUUGGCUGAGUGAUUCUUUUAGCCGCUUGCAAGGGGAGCUUCAUAGCAGAGUUGUCAUGGUGUGUUGGGCAAUUUGGUGUGCUCGUAAUGAUCUCAUAUGGCAGCAGCGAUCUCGUAGUGUGAAGGACGUGGUUAAUUUUGCUAAUUCGAGUCUUGAUCAAUGGUUGAAAGCUCAAGGAAAGGGUAACAUUCCCUUGUUGUCUCCUCUCAAAGAUGGAGAUGGUGCGGAGCUUUGGUUGAAGCCGAGUAUAGGAAUCAAACUCAAUGUCGAUGCAACCAUUUUUGAAAGUUCUUCAAAGCACGGGUUCGGGUGUGUUGUCCGAGAUACUGAAGGCACCUUGACUGCUGCCUUUGCUGGUGUGAAAACUGGCAGCGUGUCCCCUGAGUUGGCCGAAGCUAUGGGCAUUCGGGAAGCAUUGAGUUGGCUGAAAAAUCACCCCUUCUCCCAAGCUAUCGUCGAGACCGAUAGCCUUGUGUGUGCUGAAUCCAUUCGUAGUGCAGAGGUGUUCGCCUCUUCCUUCGGUUCAGUGGUGAAUGAUUGUAAGAAACUUCUUGAAAGUUUGAGUAAUGUGUCACUUUUGUUUGUUAAGCGUUCUGCGAAUUGUGCUGCGCAUUUUGUUGCCCGGCACUCUAUUUCCCUUGCUGAACGCAUGUUUUCUAUUAAUAGUAACACACUUAAUGUGCAAGAUAAAGAGAUCAGACACCUAAGACAGCAAGGUGCUCCUGUAAUCCCUACUCCAGAAAUGCAAGUAGCUCUUGCCUCUACGGUGCAGGUAGGACCAGUCGCUGCAGUGAACCGAAUGGAACCACUGUAUGAAAGAGUUGCAUGUGCCACAUUCCAGUUCAAAGAAGACGCUUUGGUAUGGUGGGACAUGGUGUCCAUGACUCAUGAUGUUACUACGAUGACCUGGGAAAAAUUCCAGGAAUUUUUCAAUGCAAAGUACUAUAAUGAGGCAGUUAGAAGCGCGAAAAGGAAAGAAUUCACUCAACUGACGCAGAAAGAAAAUAUGAGUGUUACUGAAUACACAACUCAGUUUGACCGCUUGGCAAGAUUGGCCUCAAGGAUCGUGCCAACCAAUUUUAACAAGAAAGAGAAGUAUCUGGAUGGAUUGAAUUCGAAGAUAAGACAUGACUUAAUGAUCACUACUGAUGACAACACCACCUGUUGA